CGGAGCGGAAGAGGCGGCGCCUCGCGGGGAAAGAUGGCGGAGCCCGUGAAGGGGCGAGGGGGGGCCCCGGCUGGGAAGGUGCUGAGCGCCGAGCAGGUGGUGUCCCGCUUUAACCGGCUCCGGCAGGACCAGCGGGGUUUGGCCUCCAAAGCGGCCGAGCUGGAGCUGGAGCUCAACGAACACAGCCUGGUGAUCGAGACCCUGCGUGAGGUGGAUCCCACCCGGAAAUGUUUCCGCAUGGUCGGGGGGGUGCUGGUGGAGAGGACGGUCAAGGAGGUGCUGCCAGCCCUGGAGAGCAACAGGGAGCAGAUUUCCAAGCUGCUGGAGGCGCUGGCCCAGCAGCUGCAGGCCAAGGGCCGCGAGCUCUCCGAGUUCCGCGAGCGCCACAACAUCCGGCUGCUGGGGGAGGAGGAGCCCCGAGCCCCCCGGGAGGGAUCUGAGGGGAGCAAGGGGGGCCCGGGGGGGGUCCUGGUGUCCUGACCCCUCCCCAAAUACCCACAGGGAGUUUGGGGUUGUUUGGGGUUUGUUUUAGGGUCAUUUUGGGGGGUUUUGGGGUCGUGGUGUUCUGAUCCCGCCCUGAUUUCCCACGGGGAUUUUGGGUUUUCCUGACUCCCCUACCCAAAAAUUUCCAGAGAUUUUUGUUUUGGGGUUUUUGGGGUCCUGGUGUCCUGACCCCCUCCAAAUACCCACAGGGAGUUUGGGGUUGUUUUGGGUUCUUUUUAGGGGAUUUUGGGGUCGUGGUGUUCUGACCGACACCAAAUUCCCACAGGGAUUUUGGGGUUUUUUUAUGGGGGAGGUUUGGGGUCCUGACAUCCCCCCAGAGUUUUGUUUUGGGG